AUGGCUGGAUCCAAUAACCAGCCGAACGACCUAGUUCGCCAGCACACUCACGACAUUGAGCUGGGAGUCUCGGACGUGCUUCAACGCCAUGUCACGCGCCAUGUCGUUCCGACCAAACCCGUGUCUCAGCGAAAGCUCAACUUUGAGCAUAAGCGACCCCGGAUUAUGCGUGAAAUGAUGGCCGAAGCCACUGGUGUGUUUUUCUACGUGUUUCCGGGAAUUGCUUCGGUAGCCUCGUUUACUUUGGCCACCACAAACCCUGUCGCUGGAGUGAUCGGAGUCACAGUUUUCGGUAGUCUCUUCCAGAUUGGCUGGGCCUUUGCCCUAGGCAUCGCGUUCGCAAUCGUCACAUGUGCCCCUGUCAGCGGUGGUCAUUUCAAUCCGGCAAUCACAAUUUGUUUUGCGAUAUGGGAAGGUUUCCCAUGGAGGAAAGUUCCACACUAUAUCUUUUCACAAAUUUUUGGCGCUUUCCUCGCUGGCUUGAUGCUCAUGGCAUGCUACUGGCCCCAGAUUCAGGCGGCGAAAGCAAUCGACAUCAAGGAGCACGGAACCGCGGUAUACAACGGUGGCGUGGCCAGUAUCCUCUGCGUGUUCCCCAACCCCGACCAGACCAACCAAGGAUACCUGUUCUUCCAGGAAUUCUUCGUCGAUAGCUACAUUGGCAUUAUCAUCUGGGCUUGCCUGGACCGGGCCAACCCUUUCGUCAGUGCGCAGAGCGUGCCUUUCACCAUCGGUCUCGCUUAUGCUACCAUGGUUUGGGGAUUUGCUGGAAACACCAUCUCCACCAAUUUGGCCAGGGAUCUGGGUACCCGAAUCGUGGCAGCCAUCUUCUUCGGUGGGGAAGCUUUCACCGCGUCCAGCAGCUAUUCAUGGAUUUCUAUCCUGGUCAAUAUUCCAGCCACAAUCUUUGCCACUGGAUAUUAUGAGUUUCUCAUGAGGGAUAGUCUGCAGAAGAUCCAACAGGGACACGCGGAGCACAAGGAUGGCGAAGAGGGUCUACACAGACACAUUUCCAAGGUCACAGGGGUCGAUGUCGCCAACCCAGCAUGGGAAACCAAUCGUGGUGCCAUGAAUACUGCAGAUGGAGUCCGCGAAAAGCAGUUCUAG